AUGUUCGCCAUAGAAGAAAUAAACAGAAGAUCUGACCUUUUACCUAAUAUCACUCUGGGAUAUAAGAUCUAUGACUCCGGUGUGUUAGAACAUAAAGCUGUACAGAGUGUACUGAGUAUACUGUCAGGACGAGAAGAAGCUGUCCCCAACUACAGCUGUGAUGAGAAGAACAAUGUUGUGGCUUUUAUUGGGCACUUGAUGACUUCCUCCAGUCUGUCCAUAUCUGAGAUAACGUCAAUCUAUGGAUAUCCUCAGAUCAGCUAUGGAGCGAUGGAUCCUGUCUUCAGUAACAAGCUCCUGUUUCCUUAUUUCUAUCGCACAGUCCCUGAAGAGUCCGCUCAGUAUGAAGCCAUUGUCCUACUACUGAAGCAUUUUGGCUGGAGCUGGGUGGGGAUGGUGACAGCAGAUGAUGAGAGCAGCCAACGAGCCAGCAUGGAGCUCUACAAUCGGAUGCAGCCAAAGACCCGCCUGAGCAGCCCUGGUGGGCUGAACUACAUAUUAGGAGAUGCCACAACCUCUGCCAAACAGAUCAAAGGCGUGCUGUACUUAGCCAAGGAACACCACCAAGUCUUCAGCCAACACCCCUUGGACUAUGGUCAAACUAGCCAAAUACAGCACAGUAUUCCAAUCGGCACUCCUCCUCCAAGCAAAGAGAGAUACAGGCCAGUGCCUCCCACCCUGUACCAGCAGGUGAAGAAGAUGGUUCAGGAUAUGAAGACAGCUAACGUCAUCCAGGAUAGUCACAGCCCCUGGGCUGCCCCUCUGGUCCUAGUAAAAAAUAAGGAUGGAACCAUCCAUUUCUGUAUGGAUUACUGCAAGAUCAACAAUGUUACACACAAGGAUGCGUACCCCCUGCCACGAAUUGAGGAGUCUCUAGCAGCCCUGGGAUCUUCUGCUUAUUUUUCCACCCUGGAUCUAACCAGUGGCUUUUGGCAAGUCCCCAUGGCACCAGAAGAUGAAGAGAAAACAGCUUUCACUACGCCAAUGGGUCUGUUCAAGUUCAACUACAUGCCAUUUGGGCUGUGCAACGCCCCUGGGACAUUUCAGAGACUCAUGGAGAGAUGUCUUGGACACAAAAACUUUGAAAUUGUAUUUAUGUACUUGGAUGAUGUGAUCGUCUACUCCAAGACCUACGAAGAGCAUUUACAGCACUUGGCGGAGGUGCUCCAGACUCUGGCCAAAUAUGGAUUGAAAGUAGAGCCUUCAAAGUGCAACUUACUGGAGCCCCAAGUGAAAUAUCUGGGACAUGCGCACUUCGCUCAAAUUGCAGAGCCUAUCCAGGAGCUUUUAAAAGGUCAUCCUAAAGGCUGUCAGAAUUCUAAGAUACCAGUAGAGUGGAACAAAGAGAGAGAAGCUGCUUUCCAACUGUUAAAAGAAAAACUUACAGAGCCACAAGUCUUGGGCUACCCUGACUAUAGCCUGGCAUUCUGCCUCUAUACUGAUGCCAGUAAGAAACAUUUAGGAGCCAUACUAUCUCAGACACAAGUGGAAACUGAGAGAGUCAUCGCCUAUGCCAGCAGGUCUUUACGAAAGCUAGAGCGGAAUAACCAGAAUUAUAGUUCUUUCAAACUUGAAUUCCUAGCCUUGCUCCAUCGAUAUAUAAGAAGAGUUAAUUUUACAACUCCUGGUGGAGAUUCCAUUCACCUUGAUGAAAAAGGAAACUUCGCGACAAGAUUCUCUCUGACACCACGCUCCGUCUGUACUGAGAUUUGUCUCCCAGGACACAGGAAAGUCCCACUGGAAGGAAAACAGAAAUGCUGCUACUACUGUGCCCCCUGUGCAGAAGGCGAGAUCUCCAACCAGACUGAUAUGGAAAGAUGUUUGAAGUGUCCUGAAUACCAGUGGUCUAAUGAAAGAAGAGAUGCCUGUAUCCCGCGACCACUUGACUUCCUGUCAUAUGAAGAUACAUUAGGAUUAUCUCUCAUUAUUAUCAAUCUCUUCUUCUGCUCUGUGGCGGUCGUUGUGUUGGGGAUAUUUAUAAAGCACAAGAACACUUCAAUUGUGAAAGCCAAUAACCAGAACCUGAGCUAUAUCCUGCUCCUCUCUCUGCUCUUCUCAUUCCUAUGUCCUGUCUUAUUCAUUGGACAUCCCACAAGGAUGUCAUGUCUGCUCCGACAAGGGACUUUUGGGAUAAUCUUUAGUGUUGCAGUUUCUUCAAUUUUAGCUAAAACAGUCACUGUAGUCCUGGCUUUUCAUGCCAUCCAACCAGGCAGGACACUGAGGCACUGGUUGGGGAGACGUCUGGCCACAUCAUUACUCAUUACUGGUACAAUAGGAGAGGUUGUGAUCUGUGUCUUCUGGUUGUCUUUCUCUCCACCAUUCCCAGAUUAUAACACUGAGAUAGAGAUUGGAAAGAUAAUCUUACAAUGUAAUGAGGGAUCUGCCAUUGCUUUCUACUUGUCCAUUGGUUACAUUGGAUUCCUGUCUGUGUUAAGCUUUAUUGUAGCUUUCUUGGCCAGAAAACUUCCAGAUACCUUCAACGAGGCUCAGUACAUCACCUUCAGCAUGCUGGUCUUCUGCAGUGUGUGGAUCUCCUUCAUCCCAGCCUAUCUCAGCACCAAGGGGAAAUAUAUGGUGGCUGUGGAGGUUUUUGCCAUCUCAUCUUCCAGUGCUGGACUUUUGGGCUGUAUCUUCAUUCCCAAAUGUUACAUUAUUCUAAUGAGGCCAGAACUGAACACAAAACCAAAUCUAAUUUUUGAACAAUAG